CCGUGAUUCAGCACAACUACGAUUAAAGUUCGACCGUUGGACCUUACUUGAUGUCCUUGCGCGCGCUCGUCCUUCCACACGUUAAUGAGCCGGAAAUAGGGUUCUCGUUUUCUGGGUUUUUGGCAGUUUUAGACCACACGAACGGGACUUCGCGUGUGCCAAGCUAGGAAGCACAUUGAGCCGUUGUCGUGCCGGCGUCCUCAGGCGUACCGUUGGGAGCAACGAACUCUCUUUCCCACUCACCCUCUCACAUAUCGAGUUCGGCAGCAGUAUGGGUUGCGGUGCAUCGACAGAGGCGGCAGCGUCCGCUACUCCGGUACCUACGACCAAGACUACUGUCUCGGCCAGUGCGUCCCGCAAUCUUCCCUCGCCGACGAGUAAGACGGAUGACUCCAAACGUGAAAGCGCAGGCGACGUGACCGGGGAGGAGUGCUCCUCGGAGCUAGAAAAGAUACGAGUAGAAGCUCCUCACGAACGGGUUACGGCCGACCUUUCGUCGGUACCCCCGCCGUCGUCAUCGAAGGCGGUCGCGGUGGAGCCAAGCGCAGCUGGCCCAAAAGAGACAUCGGAUUUGUCCAGUGUUGCAGACUCUGUUCAAGGUACAGUCGUCACCUCCAAUACAACCACUCAAUUGAUGGACGUAGCGGAAGCCACAAGUUUAGGAUCAAUCGUCAAGAACGCGACAUUUCCCGAAACAGAAGUACCCAUUGAAAGCCCUGCUGCCCCGUUGAUCGUAGACGAGGAAAAAACUGAAAGCGCUGAGAAACUCGCCCCAGGUAGUGACAGUGUUUCGCUACAGGCAGAUGAAUUCUUGCCGGUGGAGCAAGCAGUGGAAUUGAAGGUUGAGGAACCUGUCAUAGAAACGGAGAGCAUGAAUGAACAAUCGGACAGCAGCCAAUCCAGAACAAAACAAGUAGGCGUCGUGGAGGAUCAAGGAGACGAAAUUGCCCGCGUGAACGUAAAUGUCGACGGGGAAGUAGAAAACAAGGAGCGAACUGUUGCGCCUCUUACUGACAAGGAGGACGAAGGCUCGAACAGCUUGAAGGGAGAGAGCAAGGAAGACAUAGUUGACAGUACGGUGGAUAGCCAGAACACUUCCGAGAACCUGGCGUCAAUUGAUAAUGACCAAAGCGAGAGUACUGGUGCCGAUGACGGUCCGAACGAGAUAAGUGCGCAAGGCACCGUGACUCCAGCCGAAUCCGACGGAUCAACUCUGGGCGCCGGGAAAAAGAAAAAGAAGAAAAACAACAAGAAAAAGGGCAAAAAGAAAUGAGCUUCUGGUUCUGUCGGUCUUUGUCAUGAUGCGAUACACUUCGUAAUGUCGAUUCACAAAGCAACGAAUUUAUGUUAUAAUUGAUAUAAGAAAGGACCUGAUAAGCCUUUCCCGUUGAUUUCUUGUUAAUUGCUCUGUAUGAGGAGCUUUCCAUUUCAUUUUUAGUUGGCAAAGUUCAUAGAGUAUUUUGAGCCAAUCCGUACUGUCACAAG